UCAAUCUCUAUCGUGGGAGGAUGCACACACCACAUGAAGAGACUGAGAGUCUCUAGACUUCACUGAACAGCUGAAGAAAAUGGUUUGCACGUUUGUUUUGUUCUCUUUGUGCUGCUGGUGUUUGACUGGUGUGUUUGGUGAGUCAGUGUCAGUGAUGGAAGGAGAUUCUGUCACUCUGAACACUGAUGUUACUGAAAUACAUGAAGAUGAAGACAUACUGUGGAAAUUUGGAGCUGACAAGUCUCUCAUAGCUCAAAUCAAGACAGAGAAACAAAUCUUCCCUGAUGGGAGAUUCAGAGACAGACUGAAGCUGGACAGACAGACUGGAUCUCUGAUCAUCACAAACAUCACAACUCAACAUGCUGGACGCUAUGAAGUAAAGAUUAGCGGAGCAAAACGGUUAACUAAAACAUUCAAUGUUUCUGUCUAUGCUCGUCUGCCCACUCCUGACAUUACCAGAGUUUCUUCACAAAAUCAUCUAUCAUUAUCAUCAUCAUCAUCAUAUUGUUCAUCGGUGUGUUCAGUGGUGAAUGUGAGUCAUGUGACUCUCUCCUGGUACAAAGGAAACAGUUUAUUGUCCAGCAUCAGUGUGUCUGAUCUCAGCAUCAGUCUCUCUCUACCUCUGGAGGUGGAAUAUCAGGAUAACAACACCUACAGCUGUGUGCUCAACAAUUUAUUCACUAACCAGACUCAACAUCUCAAUGUCACUCAAAUUUGUCAUAUUCACUCAGAUCAGAGUCUACCCUUUUUUUACAUGUUACUGAUUUGUGCUGCUGGAUCUCUGUUGAUUGUAGCUGCAGUCAUAAUGUGCUGCAGGAAAUGUAGAAAAACAGUCGACACCCAGGAGGAAGACAGAAUGGAUGCAGUAUUGUGUGAACCAACAACAAGAAAAACGAAAUCAAAGAUGGAUACUGUGUAUGAAAAUGUCCCCAAAAAACGAUGAUCAAAUACCAUAUCUAGAACUGACAUUAGAGUUCAUACGACAAUACCUCACACAGACCUUUUGGUUUUGUUCACAUUUAUUCACAUUUACUUAUUUAUUUUUUUCACUGUUUGUAAACAAUGUUUUUAGCUUGUACUGCAACUAUACUAAAAGUGAACUUCUAGGUAUACUGAUAGUUUACUAAUAAAAUACUUGUAGUAGCAUUUUUAUUACACUAUGAAGUAUAGUCUCAGCAAACUACUUGUUUAUUAGUUUUAUACUGCAAGUAUACUCGUAAGUUUUCUUUAAGUGAACUUUAUAUAAUAUUUUAAGUAUACUAUGUCCCUAUUUAGGUAUUAAUUUGUAUAUAUUUUGUUAUAUGAAUAUCUGAACAUACAAAACAUCAAAAGAAAGAACAGGGCAUCUGCUUGUAAACAAAAUAAAAACAUUUUAUUCUA